GACAAGGAUUCUAGCCUAGUAUGCAAGUGUUUUGGACGAUAUCGGGCCGUUUUCGGCCUCUAUUAUUUUAACUAUAGGUAAUAGAAUCGACAGUGUGCCAUCAGCUCCUCGGUCAUAGGGUAGUGUAUAAUUAAACCCAGUGAAAAACCCAUACUAUAAGCCUUCCGAGUAACGUUAAGAUGCCGUCCACUUCGUUGGAAGGAUCAUCUCAAGAAGAAGGUGACCUGUUUACUGUGAAGCACGAGCUAAAAAAUACCAACCUCACAGGCCAUGUGGAGAGAGUCGGCAUUGAGAAUUUCGAGCUCCUGAAAGUCCUCGGCACUGGAGCGUAUGGUAAGGUGUUCUUGGUGAGGAAGGUGAGUGGCCAUGACGCGGGGAAGCUGUACGCCAUGAAGGUCCUGAAGAAGGCCACCAUCAUCCAGAAAGCCAAGACGGCAGAGCACACACGUACUGAGCGGCACGUGCUGGAGCACAUCCGCCAGUCGCCCUUCCUCGUCACCCUCCACUACGCCUUCCAGACAGACACCAAGCUCCACCUCAUCCUGGAUUAUGUGAAUGGAGGGGAGCUCUUCACACACCUGGUCCAGAGGGUCCACUUCAAAGAGCAGGAGGUGGCGCUGUACAGUGGCGAGAUUGUGUUGGCCCUGGAACAUCUGCACAAGUUGGGGAUUGUGUACCGGGACUUGAAGCUGGAGAACAUCCUCUUGGACUCCUGUGGUCACAUCGUCCUCACAGACUUCGGCCUCAGCAAAGAGUUCCACGAAGUAGAGCGAGCGUACUCUGUGUGUGGGACCAUUGAAUACAUGGCCCCAGAGAUUGUGGAGGGAGGAGAAUCAGGUCACGACAAGGCAGUGGACUGGUGGAGUUUGGGUGUGCUGAUGUAUGAGCUGCUGACGGGAGGCUCCCCCUUCACUGUGGACGGAGAUGAGAACUCCCACUCCGACAUCGCCAAGCGCAUCCUCAAGAAGGAGCCUCCCUUCCCCCAGGACAUGAGUCCCCUAGCCAAAGACAUCAUGCAGAGGUUCCUCAUCAAAGACCCAAAGAAGAGGCUGGGUUCUGGGCCUUCAGGGGCCCAGGCUGUGAAAAGUCACCCCUUCUACCAGAAAAUCAAUUGGGAAGAUCUUGCAGCAAAGAAGGUUCCGGCUCCCUUCAAGCCUGUGAUCCGGGAUGAGCUGGAUGUCAGCAACUUUGCCGAGGAGUUCACAGAGAUGGAUCCCACCUACUCCCCAGCAGCCCUGCCACAGAACUGUGGCCGCAUCUUCCAGGGCUACUCGUUCAUGAGUCCCUCCAUCCUGUUCAAGAGGAACGUGGUGAUGGACGACCCUAUCCAGCUGUGUGGAGGAGGAGCGGACAGGCCGGGCUCGGCUGCUGUGGCCCGCAGCGCCAUGAUUAAGGACUCGCCGUUCUACCUAAACUAUGAGGUGGACCUGAAGGAGUCAGCUCUGGGCGAAGGCAGCUUCUCCAUCUGCAGGCGGUGCACCCACAAGAAGACGGGGCAAAGCUACGCCGUCAAGAUCGUCAGUAAGAGGAUGGAGGCCCAGUCGCAGAAGGAGAUGGCAGCUCUGAAAUUGUGCGAUGGGCAUCCGAACAUCGUUAAGCUGCAUGAAAUUUACCAUGACCAGCUGCAUACGUACCUGGUGUUGGAGCUGCUGCGGGGAGGGGAAUUGCUGGAGCGCAUUCGGCAGAAGCAGCACUUCAGCGAGACGGAGGCCAGCCGCAUCAUGAGGCGCCUGGUGUCCGCCGUCAGCCACAUGCACGACGUCGGCGUGGUGCACCGAGACCUCAAGCCUGAGAACCUGCUGUUCACGGAUGAUGGUGAACACUCGGAGAUCAAGGUGAUCGACUUUGGCUGCCGGCUCAAGCCCCCUGACAACCAGCUGCUGAAGACGCCCUGCUUCACCCUGCAGUACGCCGCGCCUGAGAUCCUCACCUACGAUGGCUAUGAUGAGUCCUGCGACCUCUGGAGCCUAGGGGUCAUCCUGUACACCAUGCUGUCGGGCCAGGUGCCCUUCCAAUGCCAGGAGAAGAGCUUGACCCACACGAGCGCCGAGGAGAUCAUGAGGAAGAUUAAGCAGGGCGACUUCUCUUUCGAGGGGGAGGCCUGGAAGAGUGUCUCCCAGCAGGCCAAGGACCUGAUCCAAGAGCUCCUGACGGUGGACCCAAACAAGCGGAUAAAGAUGUGCGGUCUGCGCUACAACGCCUGGCUGCAGGACGACAGCCAGCUCUCGUCCAACCCCCUCAUGACGCCGGACAUCCUGGGCUCGUCCACCGCCUCGGUGCACACCUGUGUUAAAGCCACCUUCAACGCCUUCAACAAGGUGAAGCGCCAGGGCUUCCGGCUGCAGACGGUGGACAAAGCGCCGCUGGCCAAGCGACGGAAGAUGAAGAAGACCAGCACAAGCACGGACACGCGGAGCAGCUCCAGCGAGAGCACGCACUCCUCCUCCUCCUCCUCGCAGUCCCACGACAAGCUCUCCCCCGCCAUGGGGCUCGCCGACGGGGCAGCGGAGUCCGCGCCGCGCCCCUCCACCAGCACGUCGCUGGCUCUCUGCCCCGAGGAGGAGAAGGUGGCGGGGGGGAAAGGGCUGGAGGAGGAAGACGAGGAGGAGGAGGAUGGGCGAGGAUCUCACCAGCCUACACCGCUCUGAGCGAGGUCUUCCAGCAUGGGUUCUGGUGACCACAGCAGGGCUUUUUCUUUUCCCUCAGAUGGGGGGUGUCCUCCCUGGGGACUGACCGCCUGGCCCCACCAUCCUUAACCUCCAUAGUAGAAACCUCGACUGCAUGCGCUGUCGCCUUCAGCCAGCAUGCAUGAACAUGCACACGCCUCCCUGCAAAAAUACAAACAAAAAAACAAACAAACAAACAAAACAAAAAAACAAAAAGCAAAACACAUCACACAGGUCAAAUGCAUGCCAGGAGCCGGAGUCUCCCACGCUUCGUUCACCUUUAGCAAUAGGCUCGUUUUCCACCAGCAGACUGAAUGGUUCCAAGCAGGUUGCCACAGAAUCAAACUGCGUGGCACUGUUCUCCUUGGCUCCGUUUGGUUUACCUUAAGGUAGAGGUGUGUAGCUGUUCGCUGAUUGGUUACUUCAUCUAGCACGCAUUUAUUGUCAGCCAUUCAGGUUGAGGAAAGACGGUGACAAAUCAAAGACCAAAACUAGUUCAGAAUACAGCAACAGUUCAUCAUGGUGUAGUCUGAGUGAGGAACAAAGGAGAUGAGUGUGCUGUGGUACGCAAGGGACAGGCAGCUGACCCAGUGUGUCCUGCAAUCGGAUUUUUUUAAGGUACUUGCUAGUUCAUAGCAGCUCAACUGAGGGACACAAAGGUACUGUCACAACCGUACCCACAAUUCUGUAUUGGUGUGCCGUUAUUCGUACAACAGUACAACAUCGCCGUAGUAACCAUUCAGCCCAUGGUGGAAAUAAUAGAGCUAAUAAUAUCAGGCCAGACCACUCCAACAGUGACUUCAUCAGGGAAACGUGUCUGUGUGUGUUCUGCUACGGGGUUGCGUUUAUGCGCCUAUGUGUACAUGAGUAUACAUGUGUGUCUGUGCCCAGCAGCAUGCUAACGGUCUGCUGUUGCACGCGUGGCAUUGCAGAGGCAAGUUGUCACAGUGCCAUCCUUUCACCUUGGCAGUGUGUAAGAGUGCCAGGUCGCAUACACACACACACACACACACACACACACACACACACACACACACACAGGAUCAGCUAAUUAAAUGAAAAGGCUGAUUUGGAGAUCAAAAAGGGACGAAAAACAAUUAGAGUGAAGUGAUUUCUGCUGUGCUUUUUUAAACAGCACAGAGAGCUAGUAACUUCUAGCCAAGAUAAACAUGUACAGAAAGGAAAAUGGCAUAUUUAUUGAAGAUUUCUAUACAAAGAGAGUUUUUUUUUUAUAUGAUGACAAUUGUUAUAUAUGUUAACUUAUAUCUGUGGUAUACUUGGCAUAUCUGGUUGUUUUGAGGGAGGGGAGGGGUCCUUUGUGAAAUGUUGAAAAAAAAUUAAGGUUUUAUUUUUCAAAAUAAUGUUUUAGAUUGUGCCCUAUAUGUGCCAUAAUAUUUAAUAUUUACCUGAUCCAUUAUGUCAGUGAGUUUAGUCUUUUUAACUGAAAAUGUUUUAGGGUGUUUGUAAAAACCACGUGUGAGUAAGUCUACAUAAGUUUAACACAUACAUUCAUAAUUUUAGUGAUGUUACAACCAUAGUGAAAUGAUGUGGUCAUCUUGUCUGAGAUUUGUUUGUUGUUUCAAUGUGAUUUCUUCUAUGCAGAAUGCAAUCUAUGCCCUUGAAUUUCACAUCAAAAUCUGUCAAGACCUUUCCAGAGAGCAAAAAUAUUUGUUUGGAAUUGUUAUGUGUCCAUAACAACAGUAAUCAGUAAUGGCAGUAAUCA